AUGACUGGGAGCAAAUCCGGUUCGACAGCUAUCACCCUACAAAUGGCCUUCAUAAUUUGGCUUCAGUUCCUUUUCCUUUCUGUCGAGGCGGCUAUAACCUUUUACAAUGGCCUCCAACGGACUCUCUUCACGGACAGCCUCAGCCUGGGGUGCGACGCAGCCUUCAACACGCCCUUGAACUGUCCAGACACUGUUCAGCUUUUAAUUUACGAGGAGGCAGCUGUUGGGUGGGACCUCGCCGGCCUCUCGGCCAUCUGCGAUCCAUCAUGUGUCGCGGACCUAAACACGCUGGUUACAAACAUGGCCGCAAGCUGUGCAGCAGACACGUUUUACAUGGACGGCACUCUCUUCUCGUUGGCUGACCUCAGUGAUACCAUCUCGGACAGACUGAAGUUGAUAUGCUCAACCCAGGGAUCGCCUCCUGAGUUCUGCUUGGAAGUGGAAAAGACAUGGGAUAUUGGCGCCCUUGUCAUGGAUGGUACUGUGCAGUGGCCGACCUGGACCCUGAAGUGCCAUCUCCAAUGGGAUGAUACCCACGGAUUCUAUUGGGCUAUGGACGAGAACGGAAAAUGUAUCGAUCCAACGCCAUGGGAAGACAUGCAGCCGAGCUACCAGAACUACCACUAUGCUAGUGGCGCGUUUGGCGCCUACGACAUUUACUACAACCGAUCCUCGGAGAUGCCGACAGACAACGGCCACGGAUGGCCAGAUCUCAUCUACGAGGACGAGUAUCCGCUUCAGAUGCAGUGCCAGCCGUGUUUUGCAUCAUUGUUCUUGACGAAAUACGAACCGAAGGGAGCACCAGCUUGGACUGAGAUGCCGGAGCAAAUCUGGAGAAACAUGGUGAAGAACUGUGGGAUUACGAGAAUCCCGAACCCAUACAGAAACGCAGUAUUUGAUUUUCCAGCCGAUUUCGGGGAGCGGGAGCCGCGGGACCUGACCGACUGCCCCAACGUUGUGUCAGUCCCAGCGGGUGACAGCGCCAGCCCCCCGAUAGACUGCAACAGCUUUGCCGCGGCCCACGAUUUCCCCACCGCCGGCGUGCGCCGUUUAAACCCCGAGCUUCCGUGUCACGACCUCCGUGGCCAGACAGUCUGCUCGCCCGUCACCUGUACACGCCUCAUCGUGGGGCAACAGAUUUCUGCACGCGCCUUCGCAAGCUCCACGGCCCUCAGUACCAUCGGGCGUUACCGAAGUCCAGUUUUGGACGUGGAACCUCUUCCUCAGCAUGGGGGAUGUCCUCCAAGGCGGGUGAUUCGGUUUGUGUUGCGCCUCAACCCAUCCAUCGACUCCGAAUGCACCAACCUGCAAGUGGGCUCCGAUUAUUGUAUCCACGCCGUUUCAUCCCCAACCACCUCAACCAUCCCCCCUGAAUCCACCACCACCACCACCACCACCACCCCUCCAACCUCCACCCCAACACACAUCUGCACCAGCGGCACCGGACCCGGCGGGUACCUCGGCCUGUGCGACUACAGCUGCCACUACAACUUCUGCCCAUCACCCUGCACGUGCACCACCAGCGACACCCCCAACCCCCCCCCACCGGUGGUCGACGGGCCCGGGUAUGCCGUGGUGGGGCAGCCGGCCGACUUUGGCCCGCUGUGCGACUUUGCCUGCUCGCGGGGCUACUGCCCCGCCGACGUGUGCACGACGGCCUACCGCCCGGCGCCCGAGCCCGGCCUGGUGUGCGUUCAGGGGGAGGGGGACGGCGGCUAUGCGGGGCUGUGUGGGUUCUGUUGUAUGUAUGGAUACUGUCCGCCGGGGCCGUGCGUGUGUGGCCUGUAUGGUCCGCAGAUUGAGGAGCCACCUGUUACGGGCACACCGGGGGUUCCGGUGGAGGGGCUGGAUGAGAGCUAUGAGGGGUUGUGUAGCUAUGCGUGUAACCAUGGGUAUUGCCCGGAGACGGCGUGUGAGAUUCCGGAGGGGCAAUAG